AUGUCGAAGGACAACGAGUCGCUGCACUACAUGGACGAGGAGGCGAGGCGCAAGAAGAAGAUGAAGUGGACGAUCGGCAUUGUCGCCUUCGUCAUCUUCCAGGUAGUCCAAGCCCUCUUCUUCGUCCUUGUCAUCAUGAAGUUCAAGUCCCCCAAGUUCAGGGUUGCUGAGUUUGAGGUCCAGACCUUGACCGUCGGGACUCAGGCCUCGCCCUCGUUUGCCAUGACCUUCGACGCCCCGAUCCAGAUCAAGAACACCAACUGGGGUCCCUUCAAGUACGGUGUUUCUACCAUUAACUUCACCUAUGGAGGUGUCCAAGUGGGACAAACGAUCAUUCCCAAGAGCAAAGCCAACUUCAAGUCCACCAAGAAGAUCAAUGCGCCCGUGGCCUUGAGUUCCAGUGCUUUGCCCAGCAGCUCGAACCUCGUGAGCGAAUUGAGCUCGGGGAUCAUAACCUUGAACAGCCAAGGCGAGAUCAAAGGGAAGAUAACAGUGAUGUUCAUGUUCAAGAAGACGAAGACAUCCCAGAUGAAUUGCACCAUGGCUAUCAAUACAACGACAAAGGCGGUCCAGUCCUUGUCGUGUAAAUGA